AUGAAGAGGAUAGAGAAACAAGGAAGAAAAGCAUAUGCUUGUAUAUUUCUUCAUUCUCAGAACAGUGUCAUAGCCCUCUCUUUUAUAGAGGAGGGUGGUUGUGUACAAUUACCGAAAGAGAUUGGCAGACUAGUUCAGUUGCAAUAUCUUAAUUUAUCCUGUACAUACAUCAAAGCAUUGCCGAAGGAGCUGGCAUGUCUUAAAGAGCUGAAGUACUUGCUACUGAGAUCUGUACAUCCUUCUCCCUUGAGAAUACCUCGUGGUGCGAUAUCAAAUCUUUCUAAACUGCGGCUGCUUGAUCUCUAUGGAACCGAGUAUGAAGUCUUGCAAGUUGAAAGUGGCAGAGGUCGUGGUCAUGAAGAGAAUACAGCAUGUUUGGAAGAGCUGGAAGAACUGAACUCGAAGGUGAUGUUGUCGACAACUCUUGGAAUUAUGGUAAAUGCAGUGCCGGCCCUCCAAAUGCUCUCCAGGUUUGACAAAAUAGUUACCCGGCGCCUCUUCCUCUGCAUAGAGAGGAUGAGCAGCUCGGCAUCCAUCCAGUUGACACCAUCCAUCGUCAAAGCCCAACUUGGAAGCCUCAAAAUGUUGAAGAGCCUGCAGAAUCUAAUGAUCGCACGCAGUGAGUCCUUGGUGGAGCUGGAGGUGGAUGGCGAGGACCGGGAUCAUGACAUGGAUUGGCAGCUUCCAGAUCUUGACCGUCUCGAACUCGUUUACCUCAAGAAAUUAAAGGUGGUAAAUUGGACAAGAGUAUCGAUCUCAGAUUUCCUUCCGCAGCUGCGGUCUGUGAUGAUUGAAGAUUGCCCUGAGUUAGAGAAUGCUAAUUGGGUUCUGCUGCUCCCACGGCUCGAGACUCUAGAGAUAUAUUCGUGCCCCAAAAUGCAGCGAGUGAUCGAUGAUUCAGUAGGCAACCAUGUUGGCUAUAACUCGGCAUCUGCCUUCCGUUGUCUUAGGAUAAUGAUUCUGUAUGAAUUGGGGAGCUUGACUAGCAUCUGUGAUCAGGCAAUCAGUUUCCCUUCAUUGAAAAUCAUGGAAAUUGGUUCUUGUGACGAGCUGAAGCAGCUGCCCGUCAAGAUCAUGGGGAGCAACUUACGGGAGAUACGUGGCAGUGAAGGAUGGUGGCAAAGCUUACAGUGGCAGGAUGAGGACGUGAAAAACUCCUUCCUCCCCUAUUUCAGGAGAUAA